GGAGGGUUCCCGGAGCAGCAAAAACCGCGGUUCCACAGAUUGGCCAAGCUGACUAUCGUUGCAAAGGCCAGGCCACGCAGACUACUCCGAGACGUGCCGCUGCCUGGACCUUGGCUGCUGCCACCAAACCUCUCGUCCGUUGUCCACCUUUCCCGUCGUCUCCUUCUCGGUUGCCGUUCCAUACCCAACCUCAGCAGCAUCGCAACAGCUAAGUGGAGGAUUCCGGGACUUGGGGUUGGGAGUCUGGGAAGGCGCCAGGCGGGGACAGAACACGCGAGCCCGCCAUCUCUCUCUAGCCAUCACUGCUGCAGUCACCCCUCCCAAACCGAGAAGAAAGCAGUACCAAGAGAGACAUUCGCUGUCCUAGUGCCCAGUCAGCGCGUUUCUGCCAAGCUCUGGUUACCAAACAAGCGGCAGCUUUGGAUCAGCCCUGAACCAUGUCUCCUCCAGCUGUGCCUCCGACGGGAGUCGAUGGGGUGUCCGCAUACCUGAUGAAGAAAAGACACACUCACAGGAAGCAGCGGCGCAAGCCCACUUUUCUCACUCGUCGGAACAUCGUAGGCUGCCGCAUUCAACACGGCUGGAAAGAGGGCAACGAACCCGUGGAGCAGUGGAAGGGCACCGUGCUCGAGCAGGUUUCUGUGAAGCCCACUCUUUACAUCAUCAAAUAUGAUGGCAAAGACAGUGUCUAUGGACUGGAGCUGCACCGAGAUAAGAGAGUUUUAGCGCUGGAAAUUCUUCCGGAGAGAGUGCCUUCUCCUCGCAUUGAUUCGCGCCUGGCAGAUUCCCUAAUUGGGAAGGCAGUGGGGCAUGUGUUUGAAGGUGAGCACGGUAAGAAAGAUGAAUGGAAGGGGAUGGUGCUGGCGCGAGCCCCCGUAAUGGAUACUUGGUUUUACAUCACCUAUGAGAAAGAUCCGGUCCUCUAUAUGUACACCCUGCUGGAUGACUACAAAGAUGGUGACCUGCGCAUUAUUCCAGAUUCCACCUACUAUUUUCCUACAGCAGAACAGGAACCUGGAGAGGUGGUUGACAGCCUUGUGGGCAAGCAGGUGGAACAUGCCAAAGAUGAUGGAUCCAAGAGAACUGGCAUUUUCAUCCAUCAAGUCGUGGCUAAGCCUUCUGUCUACUUCAUUAAGUUUGACGAUGAUAUUCACAUUUAUGUCUAUGGUUUGGUGAAAACGCCGUAACAAGUUUGAGAACGUGACGUGUAUCCUUCCAUGUUUUCCCCAUCCUCAUAGAGUUUGUUGUUUAUUUGUAAAAUUGACAAGAAAAAUGACAUCUCUUCUGAUCAACAGCACAAUUUAUCUCUGUCUCUCAUGCUAACACUUCUUCUAACAAACAGUAUACACAGUACUAUAGAUGUACCAAAAAUGUGCAAACAUUAACCAUUUAUUUCCUCCCCCAUCAUAACGCUGCUGCAAUAUACUCAUAUGCUCUUAUUUCUAUAGAUGGGACAGAAAUAUUGAAUUGUUGCUAUCCAAAAUGAAAAUGUUCAUUUCUAGCAUCCUCUGCAGUGUUGGUCUUUGAUGAUUGAAAAUCUGAAAAGUGAAAAAUUACAUGGUUUUUACCUGAAUUCAAUGAGAUUAUUUUCCUGUUUAUAUCUCU